AUGACCUACCUGCGUCCCCCCUCACCUCGAUUCUUUCGCAGCCAUAGCGCCAAUCGCAGCGCUGGUGACAAUGGCGACGUCAGCGUCAGCAGCUCUUUCCACCGCGAAUAUCGCGUCUCGGGAAGGACUCGGCUCAGCUUCCCAGCUCCCGAGGUGGCGAAUUCGGACCGGAUAUCGGCAGCAGCAGCGCCAGCUCCAGCGGGGCAGAUCCCGCCUCCCCCAGAUGCCACCUCCCUGUCGUCCCCCGCGUUCGUGGUGUGGGGCGCAAACACAGGCGUGGGGAAGACCCUCGUUUCCGCGGGCCUUGCUGUCGCGCUGCUUGCGCGAGCUGCGCGGGGAAGGGGCGCGGAAGGGGGCGGGGGAGGUAAAGGGGACGCAGCGGACGGGGGAAGGGGUGUGCAGGGGGAAAAUGAGGGGAAUGGCGGGGGAUUCCAUUUGGAGUAUGUGAAACCACUGCAGACAGGGUACCCUGAAGCCUUCCAUCUCUUUCCACCCCUAUCUGCCCCGUCUCGCCCAUGUUUUCCCCCAUCCGCCCCCUUCCGCGCCAGACCCCUCCGCCUGCCAUGUAUUCUGGUGGGAGACGGGCGGCUGGGCGGCAUCUCGGUCACUGUAGCAGCGGUUGACAGCCUGGCAGGGCGGGGGUAUGACGUGGCAGCAGUGGUGGUGUGUGGGGACGAGGAGGGACGGCUGGAUAACGCAGAUUAUCUAAAGUCAUAUCUAAGACCAAGAGGGAUUCCAGUCAUCUCCUUGCCCGCCCUCCCAUCCCCACCACCCACAUCUGACCCAAGCUCACCCUCCUCUCCUUCUCUCACCUCCUCUCCCUCCUCAAGCCCCACUACCUCGUUCCAAACCUCAUCUUACUCCACGCUCAACCCGAACCUCAUCGACUGGCUCGGCAGAGCAGGAGGAAGCUUCCAGGAACUUGUGCUAGUGUUGGAGCGGUUCCACUGGGAGAGGUUGCGGGCACUGGAACGGGCAGCUGAACGGGCACAUGAAAUUCUCUGGUGGCCGUUCACCCAGCAUGGCAUGGUGGGAGUGAAGGACGUGACAGUCAUCGAUUCCCGGGCAGGCGAAAACUUCUCCGUCUUCCGAUCGAACCAGACCGAGGCUCUGCGAGGAAGUGCGGGCGAGUCGGAGGCUCGGGUCGAGCCUCGGAGGGAGGUUCGGGAAGAGGUUCGGUUGGAGGAGUGGUUUGACGGGUGUGCGAGCUGGUGGACCCAGGGGCUGGGCCCUGUGGUGCAGGCGGAGCUAUCAAGGGAGAUAGGGGUGGCCAUGGCUCGAUACGGUCAUGUCAUGUUCCCUGAGAACACUCACCCGCUGGCUCUUGAGGCGGCUGAACUGCUGCUGAAGGGCGUUGGGAGAGGAUGGGCCUCACGGGUGUUCUUCUCAGACAAUGGCUCCACAGCCAUCGAGGUGGCUCUCAAGAUGGCCUUUCGCUCCUUCUGUUCUCAAAACGGCGUGGCACCCGAUGGUCUUCCCGAUCUCAAGGUGAUUGCUCUGACUGGCUCGUACCAUGGUGACACGCUGGCAGCCAUGCAUGCCCAGUCACCCUCCCCGUGCACCUCCUUCCAGCAGCAGCCAUGGUACGGAGGCAAGGGCGUAUUCCUUGAUCCCCCAACAGUGGAGUACUCCCAAGGUCAAUGGCUCGUUGUCCUGCCUUCCGCCCUCUCCUCCUCCUCCUCCACCCACAACCUCUUCUUCCAGACACGCUCAGCAGUCUUCCACAAGGAAAGGGACUCCACUCCUCUCGCCCCCAUCUACCAUGACUACAUACAACAACAGCUUCAGCCCUUCCUCCUCCCCUCAGACUCCUCCUCAGGUGGCCCCUCAGGUGGUUUUUCAGGUGCCAUGGCCGCCGCACUCAUCAUCGAACCAGUGCUGCACGGGGCGGGCGGCAUGGUGAUGAUCGACCCGCUCUUCCAGCGCACGCUUGUCUCCUUCUGCCGCGCCCGCGCCAUCCCUGUCAUCUUCGACGAGGUCUUUGCCGACAGCUGGCGCCUCGGCACCCAGUCAGCAGCGGAGCUCCUGGGCUGUUCCCCGGACAUAGCCUGCUACGCCAAGCUGCUGACAGGUGGCAUGAUCCCAUUGGCCGUCACGCUCGCCUCGUCCUCUGUCUUUGACGCCUUCUAUGGCUCCUCCAAGCUCCAUGCUCUCUUGCACGGUCACUCCUACACAGCCCACCCUGCUGGCUGUGCAGCCGCCUGUGUUUCUCUCAAGGCGCUUUCAGACCCAGCUCGAAACCCCAACUUGCUUCCCAACGGCUCUCAGCUAAAAGAGUUGUGGGACCCCUCGUUAGUGGAGCAGGUCUCCUGCCAUCCCUCGAUACAGCGCGUGCUGGCUAUUGGAACAGUCUUUGUGGCAGAGCUCAAGACAGAUGGCGCUGGCUACGGGUCAUCAGCAGCCAAGGAUCUCCUGUCACGGCUGCGGCAGCACGGCAUAUAUGCACGGCCACUGGGAAACGUGGUGUAUUUCAUGUGUGGACCAUUCACACCCCCCUCCACCUGCACCCGCUUACUGCGCAUUCUGCUAGCCCUGCUUGAUUAG